AUGUCAAAUUUGAUUCUUGCACUGUUAUCUACUUUAGCUUUUGGGAGUUUCGCUAUAGUGUGUUUUAUUGUUGCAUAUGCGCUGCGUUUUUCAUACAGACCAAAAGAGCUGAAACCAAGGGUUUACGGGACCAAAUUCAAAUUUGUUGAAAAACUUCAGCGCAAAACACGAGAACCGAAAUCAAAAUUGUUAGUUUCAAAUUCUGAAUUUGAAGAAAUAUACAACCUUGUUUUGGGAACAUAUGUCAAUCCGUGGUAUUGUCGUAUUUCCUCGUCACUGAUUUUAACGCUGGAUAUUAAAUUGGAGUUUAUAAAAAUCGAAAAGCUAUUGAAACUGAAAAAAGUUGAUUUUGGUAAAUUUGUGACAAAUAAAGUUAUCCCCGUGAUAACAAAUCAUUUUAGGGAUGUUGCACGGGUGGGAAUCUCAGACGAGGAUAUUGACCGAAGAUGUAAAUUCUCACAAAAGAAUAUAGAGAGAUUUCUUAUGGUAACAUUGUCUGAGGAAGAGAAACAUAGUCAUCUUGUUCGAGAGCUUCUCGUGGUGAUUAUUGAAAAGGUAAUUGCGGUGGUUAGUGAUCCAGAUUUAAUCAAUCUUAAAGUCGUUGGCCAAAGAAAUGAAGCCAAAGAGUUGAAAGCGAUAUUGGAGGAAUAUGCACAGGCAAGAGGUGAUCAUAUAGGUGACUGGGAUAACCCAUCUGAAUACGAAGUAAGUGAUGAUGAUGAUGAUGAUUGUGGUGGUGUUAAUGGUGUUAAUGGUGAUGGCAGUGAUGAUGGUAGAGUUAGUGAAAAUGAAGAUGAUGAAGUUGCAACAAGGGAAGGACAUGAAGAAAGUAGUGAUACAGACGCAUCCUUGAAUUCAAGUGGGAAUUCCGAGACUGAGUUUCCGAUGGAUUCUACUGAUUUGCCCGUUUUGUGUAAAAUCCAGUCUACUAUUAUGGAAAACAAAAAAACCAUUUUCAUCAUUGAGGUUCAGACACAACUGAAAGCAGGCUGGUUGGUUGGGCGUCGUUUUAACCAAUUCCGGGAUCUUCAUGCAUACGUUGGUGGUAAAUACAAGUUUCCUCUGGUAUUUGCAAACUCGAGAAAGGAACAACUUGAGGCGUUUCUCAACGAUUUGAUCAAAAAUGAGGUUCCCAUAGCACAAAAGUUUUUACAACAGGGCCAUUUCAGUGUUAAGCGACCUACGGUAUUUGUGAGAUUUGUUACUCAAAUGAUGAAAAUCUUUCUCUCUAUGGAUAUUAAGGCCUCGAUAGUGCGAGCGUUACGUAGUCCACGAGAGGUGAGAACUGAUGCACAAAAGUUGAAGACUCAGAGAGAAGCUAUGGAAAUGAUGAAAAAGUAUUCGCUUGUUUUGGAUUUGAAUUCUUUUCAAUUAUUGCAAAAUCAAAAUUACAACAAGUGUUUAGUGUAUAGCAUAGUCGAUGAGCUAAUAAAUGAGUUAUCGAGAUGA